AUGGCGAUCCGCGACCGUGUCCGACGUGCUCUGCACAAAUCCGACGCCUCCAGCGAUUAUUCGCAGUCCGGCAGCAACAUCACAACCACCACAACCGCCACCACCUCAGCCUCUGAGACCAGCUCCACGUCCACGAGCUCCUCGCUACGACAUCACACCUCGAGAUUCUUCUCGUCAUGGAGGAGCAACGACAGGGACAGGACCAGCGACCACGACAACGAAAAGAAGAAAAAGAAGAGAACCAAGCCCGUCCACCCUCGCGAUCGACCACUCACCACCACAAACAUCCGCCACCAGGAGAUGCUGAGCCAUUUCACCAUGACCUUUGGCUCCAGCGCCAGUCGGCUCAGCCAGGUAAUAGACGACUUCGAAUUCGACGGUGUCAGUCCCUGCUGCACCCGGGCACCCAGCAUCAACGGCGACUCCAUCGCUCCGGAUGACACCACCACCGGAACGAGGUCAUCGUCAAUUGACGAACCACGACUGAUCUGA